AGACAGAACAAAAAGCAACAGCAAAAUGCAAGAACCUGUUCUGAGUCCGCUCUCGCAGCAAGGCUUCAAUUUAAUGUAUGCUUCAAUUUUACAGUAAAACUCACACAGAAAACUACUUCAGUUGCCCAACGGGGACAGCCCACGCGGAGAAAAGAAAGCGAGAGACCUCAGAGUGCGCAGUUCCCUCCUCCUGGGUGGUGCUCUUCAUAGCUCCGCACCGACUUACACACUCAGCCCCGCCCACACAGCCAAGCGACGAUGCCGCUGCUCUCGCCUGGCUGCUGCCCUUGUUAUGGUGGCGGCCGCGACAGACGGGCCCAGUUUUCUCUAUGGAGCACCGACUGGCGGAGUUCCGAGCUUCCCGCCGCACUACUGCCAACCCUAAACCUGCCAAGCUCCCUUCCAAAGCUGCAGAUCCAGUGACUGAAGAAGCCCAGGCCCAGCGUGAGGAAUCCAGUCAAAGAACACACAGCCCCAAGGCCCAUGCUGUUUCAUCCCCUCUACCAUGGUGGACCCGUUACUUUUUAAUGAACUUGACCUUUCUCAAGUUUCUCCUCUGGCUGGUUUUACUGGGACUCUUUGUGGAACUGGAGUUUGGUUUGCCGUAUUUUGUCCUGUCUAUGUUUUAUUGGAUCUAUGUAGGAACCCGUGGCCCUGGAGAAAAACAGAAUGGAGAAAGAAGUGCCUACUCUGUAUUUAACCCAGGUUGUGAAGCUAUACAAGGAACACUCACAGCAGAACAACUUGAGAGAGAAUUGCAUUACCGGUCCUUAGCUGAGAGGUAACUGGUAGCAAACCAAUUCACCUUUUGGCCUAUAACUAAUGUAAAUGUUUGGUUUUUUUUUGCUUGAAUUAAAUUGAAACUGUUUCCUAUGGCAUUUUUCACCUUUUGACGGAGUUCCAGCUUUGUAAAUAAAGGUCUAAAUGUAAUUUUUUGUAUGGAAUCCAAAUAUUGAAAGAAAAAGGGACUUAUGAAAUGUAAAGGCUAAAUUAAGAUACUGUUUUUUGAAACUGAUUUUAUUGUAUGUUCCUGUAGUGAACUAAAACUUAUUGCUUCUGUUCUGAACAAA